CGCUUCAAGUACUCGUAGCUGUAUCGCUGCCCACUGUCAUACAUGGCGUCACGUAGCUGCACAUGAACAGAUUGCUGAAGUUUACCUCGAGAAAUUCCGCGCGGUUACCAUUUCGUAUUUGCAUAAUAUUGCAUCGAAUUGACUUACUUCAGCAGCCAGAACUGCUUCAGCGAUUGUAGGCCGGGUAACCAGCGGAGGUAGUGCAGCGUGCUGCGCGGCAGCGGCUUGAGCGGCCCGGCGGGGCCCACCGGCACGCCCCGUCCUUGAAGUACCUUUCCCCCGAGCGCGGCGGCAUCGCACUGCGGCCAUGGCGUCUCGCAAGCGCGGGCUGAAAUUCUGCCCCGAGACGAACGACUUGCUGUACCCUCGAGAGGACAAGGAGCGGCGGGUGCUGGAGUACUACUGCAAGACGUGCAACUACUGUGUGCAGGCGGAUCCCUCGGAGUGGUGCGUGUACGUGCACGCCACAGUGGUGGACGAGAAGGACAAGAUCACGACGCUGUACGACGUCACGGCGGAUCCCACGCUGCCGCGCACGCGCGAUGUGCGCUGCCCAAAGUGCAACCACAACGAGGCGGUGUUUGUGUCAGAGCCGACGGAACAGGGCAUGACGCUAUAUUUCCAUUGCGUGGCGUGCCGAGAGAAGUGGCGCGACUACGUAUGAGGGCCGGGAAGUGGAAAGGGGCGGCUUGGGUGUGUGUAUGGUGCUGGGCCCAUGUGGCUCGAAUUAGGGAAGCGGCACCAUGAGGCAAGAAUGCUCAUGCAAUUUUCGGACCGGUGGCCUGGUCACUUUGACUGGGCAUUUGGACUGGCUUAGAUCGUGUCGCGUGAUGCAGUGGGCCGGACUAGAUGACACGAGGUAUAGCGGCGUGUGCGGACAGCAAUGCACAGGUGCUGCGCGCUGGCUCUGCCUUGCCUUGGCGCCAAACAUGGGCCCGCCGCUUGAGGCUGUGGAUGGAGUGCCAGAUGGUUGUAUACUUGUCUAGCAGGCCAAGGACAACCGAUUCCUCAGGGGUGACACGCAGCAGCAGGUGUGUUGGUGGCAGUGUGUGUUGGCGCGCGUGCCAACGAUGAUUUCGGGUUACGCCAUGCGCGCUGAUGAGCUAGAACUGCUGUAAUGUUACAGAAUC